AUGGUUUUAUCUACAUGUUACAAAGUAAAAUUACUAUUUCUACGAAAAGAUGAUAAAAAUGAGCAUGAAAAUAUUGAUCAUUUAAUGGGAGAUAAAAAUAAUGCCUUAGAUGCGACAGAUAAAAUUCCAAAUAAUGAGGUUGUAACAAAACUCGAUAUUUUUUGUAUCAUUAUUUCAAUAUUAACAUAUAUAGCUGAUAUAAUAUCUGAUAUUCUUGUAUCAAUAGUACAUUAUUUUAAUAAUAGAAUGCUUUUUGGCAUUUUAAUUGGUUUAUUUGUUUUAAUACCAAGUAUUAUAUUAAAUUUAAUAUCAUUUUAUUGGUGGAAAGUUGAUUUAAAAAAUAAAGAAAAUAAAUCAAAAAAAGAAAUGAGAUAUAAUUUAUUAGCUUCAAUAUUACAAAUUGGACCAUUAAUAUGGUAUUAUAAAUCAUUAAAAUAUGCCAUAAAAGUGUAUAAAAAUGAAAACAAUUUAUUUAAUUGUAAUAGAAAAAAAAAAGAAAAUUUUUAUAAAUUAAUUGAAGCUGAUAGAGAUGCAUCAUUAUUAAGAUUUUUUGAGGGAAUUCUUGAAAGUAUGCCACAAACAUUAGUUCAAGGAUAUUUUAUUUUAAAUGAAUAUAUUGAAAAUAAAAUUGAAUGGUCAUUAUUAAUUUUAAUACAAAUAAUAUCAAUAUUUACAUCAUUACUUUCAAUUUGUACAUCUUUAAUAAUUCAACAUAGAAGUUUAAGAAUUUCGAGAGUUGAUAAAAAUAAUAUGUCAUUAUUAAAUACAUUUUUACAAGGAUUAUGGCGUUUUUUUACAUUAUUUAGUAGAUAUAUUGUUUUAAUAUUAUUUACUUAUUAUCUUCAAAAAUGGUUAAUAGUUUUUAUUAUUAUUCAUAUUUUAUUAUCAGGUAGUCAUAUUUUUUUACUUCAACCACUUGAAAUAGAAGAUAAUUCACGGUACUUUAAUUAUUGCCUACAAUGUAUCAACAUAAUUAUUCAUAUAUUUUUACCUUUUAAUAUGGCUGAAGGAUCGACAUUAUUGAGAUAUAUAAUCGGUUAUUUAAUUGAGAUUAUAGAAUUUAUUAAUUUAGUUAUAAUAUUUUACAUCAAUCCAUUUAAUAAACGAUUGCCAUAUAAAGAAUACCUCAUAUUAAUACCAUUUAGUUCAUUAAUAAUAGGAAUUAUUUUUAUGUUAAUAUAUUACUAUUCAUACCAUCCAUCAAAAAAAGAAAUAAAAAGAAAUGAUAUAAAAAUGAAUGAUACAAAUUAUGAAGAGGUAGAGAAAUAUUUUUUAGUUAAAGUACUUAAAAUGAUUUUAAGCAAAAAUUCUGAACAAAUUUUAUUAAUAUUUACUAUGAUUGGUGUUAUUUGUGGUAUUGGAACAGGUAUAAUAUGUAGAAAUAUUGAAUUAACACCAAUGACAAUACAUUUAAUAAGUUUUCCUGGAGAAAUUUUUAUGAAUCUUUUACAAAUGAUUAUUUUACCUCUUAUAUCAAUUAGUAUUAUGUGUGGAUUGUGUCAACUUAAUAGUAAACAAUCUGGAAAAGUUGGAAUGUAUUCAAUUAUAUAUUAUUUUAUAACAACAUUUAUGGCAGUCAUUUUAGGUAUAAUUUUAGUUAUUCUUAUAAAACCUGGAAAUUUUGGACAUUUAAAUGAUAAAAAUGUUGAUUCACCUUAUUUAACAAAAGAAAAACCAUCUGCUACUGAAAAAAUGCUUGAUUUAGUAAGAAAUUUAUUUCCAGAUAAUAUAAUACGUUCAACAUUUCAACAAGUUGAAUCACAAUAUAAUAUUUCUAAUUCGAAAAAAUUUCAUAAAAAAAUACAUGUUGAUCAAAUGAAUGUUUUAGGAAUUAUAUUUUUUUGUAUAAGUUGUGGAUUAAUAAUGGGAAAUUUAGAAGAUAAAGUAAAAUCAGUUGUAGAUCUAAUUAUGGCUAUGGAUUUAAUUAUAAAUAAAGCUGUAUAUAUAAUAAUGCUUUUUUCACCAAUUGGUAUAUGUUCACUUAUUGCUGGAAAGUUAUUAGAAGUUGAUGAUUUAAUUAGUACAUUUCAAUCAUUAGGAAUGUAUGUAUUAACUGUUAUAUUAGGAUUAAUUAUUCAUCUUUUUGGUACAUUAUCUUUAAUAUACUUUUUAACAACAAAAAAAAAUCCAUAUAAAUAUUUACAUGGAUUAUUACCGGCAGCAUUAACAGCUCUAGGCACAUCAUCAUCAGCUGCAUCAUUACCAAUAACUUUUCAAUGUUUGGAAAAAAAUAAUCAUGUUAAUCCUCUUAUAAGUAAAUUUGUUUUACCUGUUGGAGCAACAAUAAAUAUGGAUGGAACAGCAUUAUAUGAAGCUGUUGCUUCAAUUUUUAUAGCACAAUUAAAUGGAAUGACAUUAGAUUUUGGUCAAUUAAUUACAGUUAGUAUAACAGCAACAAUGGCAGCCAUUGGAGCGGCUUCAAUACCUAGUGCUGGAUUAGUUACAAUGGUAAUGAUUUUAACUGCAAUAGGAUUACCAGCGGAAAGCGCUAAUUUAAUAUUAGCAGUAGAUUGGCUUUUAGAUAGAUUAAGAACAUGUGUAAAUGUAAUGGGAGAUGGUAUUGGAUGUGGAUUUGUUGAACAUCUUAGUAAAGUUGAAGUUAAUGAAACAAUAAAUCAUUUACCUAUUUCAAUAAAAGUUGAUCCAUCUGAUUUUAGAAAAAAUUCUGAUGUUUAA